AUGUUGGUUCAAGAUCGGGACGCCACAUCGCAGUACACGAUGUCAUCAUCGUCUCCGCAAACCGCCAUCAACGACAGAGAAAACGAAUGCGACUGGGUCUGGAACGAAAUCAAAGCCGAAGCUCGCCACGACACCGAAUCCGAACUAGCCCUCGCCAGAAACAAACUCUGCUCCUCCACUCUCCUCUCUACCCUCCUCUACGAUCUUUUUCUCAACACCUUCUCCUUCGACCCAUCUAUCCUCUCCGCCACCGUCGCCGACCUACGCACCGCCCGUCAACAAGACCAUGCCUGCAUCUCCUUCGCUCCAAUAGGUAAGAGAUCAUCAUUAAGCUUCAAAUGA